CUUAGAAGAGUUGUGAAAACAGCCAGCCCGAGGAGGGGAGUCCUGCAGUUGCGGAUGCAGCUCUCCUGUCGAGUCACAGGCCAACUCAGAUCAGCCAAGGGGGGGAGAGGGUGUGUGUGUGUGUGUGUGUGUGUGAGCGCAAGGCAUUGGGGGAAAGUGUGUGAGGACCAGAGGCUCCAAAGGACGUGACUCUCCCAGAGAGAGAGAGAGAGAGAGAGAGAGAGAGGGAAACACGCCGUCACAGGAAGGUGUCUGUCCUCACGCGUUCUGGACUCUGGAAGAGUUCGGCAGCCUCUGACAGAAGAGAGUAUUCCAAGUAUUCCAGCAGUGGAGACGAUGAUGUGCUGAAGUGGAUGAUUCUCAAAAGAGACAGAGACACAGAUUUAAAGUCCUAACUCACUUUUCUGAGACGGGGGGGGGGUUUCAAAUUCCUUCGACAAGGACAAGACUUGCAAUAAGACGUUGACUGCAGAGUGUGUGAAAAGUUUCUGCAUCACCAUGGAUCAGCCGGCCAGCAGCUGCAUGCGGAGCGCCCACCCCGGCAGUUCCAUCUGGGGCUGCAUGAGGAACCCUCACUCAGGGGUCCCAGGGGCCAACCUGCAGUCGCCCUACCAGCAGGGACCUUUCUCCCUCCACCAGAAGCCCGAGUUCCUGGCCUACACGGACUUCUCCAGCACCUGCCUGGUGCCGACCGCCCCGCACGCAGCCUACCCCCGCGACGACAGACUGUACCAGGAGAGCCAGGGCGGUUACCAGAGAGCCGAGUGGCAGUUCAACCCCUGCGAGACGCGGGUGAGAGCGCCCGAGGCCUGCCCGCCCGUCGUCGCCCCCGCCGCAGUGGUGGGGGGCGGCGGGAGCGGAGGGCCCGACCUGGACAGUGUGGGGGGAGAGAGGCUGCCAGGUGCCGUGCCCGGGUGCCUGGAGGGGGAGUACUCACCCCAGAGCGUGGCGUCGGCCGACUCGGACAAGAAGAGCUCCAAUAAGAGGAAGAGAGAUGUCACAGAUAUCCAGGAGUCCGGUUUUAAGGUGGAUUCCAGCUGCAAGGCCCGGAAAGAGCGCACGGCGUUCACCAAGGAGCAGCUGAGGGAGCUGGAGGCCGAGUUCACCCACCACAACUACCUGACCAGGCUGCGCCGCUACGAGAUCGCCGUCAACCUGGACCUCACAGAGAGACAGGUACCCGGCCUUUGAUGAGGGAUAAUUAAU